CCGCGCAGGCGUGAGGGGACCACAGUUAUCUCCCUGGUUGUUCUGCUGGGCCCGCAGAGCCCUUGGCAGAUGGCUGGGGCACAUGUGAGGAUGGCUCCAGGGCAGUUUCUCACCAACAAGCCCUCUCUCUCCAGGCAGGAAGAAUCUACCAAGUACUUCAACUUUUCAACUUCUGAGGAGAAGAGCAAGAAAGAAGCUGAGCAUCGUUAUCGUGUGAAUAACCUGAGUCAGCGAGAUCUGGCCAUCAGCAUUAAUUUCUGGGUUCCCAUCCUGCUGGAUGGUGUGCCUGUGUGGGAUGUGGCCAAGGUGGCUUCUUCUCAGAAUCUCUCCUGUGUGUCAGAGAGGGAGCCUCCUCAGCAUCCUGACUUCCUGACCCAGAAUCCAGAGAGUCUUGUACUGAACUGCUCCAUUGCUGACUGCAUGAGGUUCCGCUGUGACCUGCCCUCCUUUGGCAUCCAGGAGGAACUUGACUUCAUCCUGAAGGGCAACCUCAGCUUCGGCUGGGCCAGCCAGACGUUGCAGAAGAAGGUGUUGAUUGUGAGUGAGGCUGAAAUCAUGUUCGACAGGUCCAUGUAUUCCCAGCUUCCAGGACAGGAGGCGUUCCUGAGAGCUCAGGUAGUGACUGUGUGGCAGGCAGUGGCCAGGCUGCUAAGAGGGCUCCUAAUGCAAACUCUGUGGUGCUGUGUGGGAGGCUCACAAGCCCAGAGGGAGGAAGAACGAAGGUCCCUCAGCAGGAGAGUUAUCCCGAAGCCCAUGAGUGUUUCUGUAUGUCACCCCUUGGAGUAAAGGAAGGAGGGGAGGGAGUUAAAGGUUAG